AUGUCGAGCGAAACCAAGGACUUGAAUGACACCUUCGACAGUGCCCCUGGCGGUCGCAAUUCGGGCGAGGUCGCAAAGCAACCCGAGGGAGACGUUGGUGACAGUACGCCCGAUUAUAUCCCCAAGGGAUUCUCCAAGAAGGAUAUUGAGAACAUGGGAGGAAGCUUGAAGGUUCACGUACGACUGGCCCUCGAAGUGGACAUCCGUGUCAUUGCGAAGGUCAAAGGGGACAUCUGCAUUGGGAUCUUGUAA